ACACACACAAUAAGCAGUUUUAAGUAAUAAAUUCCUCCACGAUGGACACAACAGCUGCAGAAACACACAAACCGCGACUUUAAUAUCACAAUUAUUUGAAAUAUUUAAGAUUAAUUGUUUUCUUUUAUUUCUUUGGGUGUUUUUUUUUUUUAGCUUUCAUUCAUUGCAGCAGAAAGAAAAGUGCAAAAGCAAACGUCAAAUACACAUACGAACAUAAAUGCCCCUUUACACACCUGCACACAGGUGUCCAGAUGAACGACACACAGAGGGAAAUGUAUAAACGAAGGCAGAGAACACAGUGUGUCGAUAAUAACAUAUUAGCAGAAAUACUUCUUUAUUUCUUAAAGUUUGUAGUUCUUCUUUAAAUCAAUCGUCCGUCGGUGCUCAUCCUGUUACACACUAACGCCAGUUUUCUCCGUCUGUGUGUGUGUUUUUCUUUGACCAAUCAUUGACAAAGCUUCGCCCUCGGGAGACGCUCGCCGUCGAGUACACGAACUUCAACAACACAAAUAAAACUGUCAGAGCAGGAGAGAGUCGCUGGAGGUCAGGUGACUCUCUGCACACUAAACCAAUGAGCCGAUCAUUAGAUCAAUGCGACUGACAGGAAACUCGUCUUUCAGUCACAACAAUGUGACCGUUACUUUUGUGUGAAAUGCUGAUGGUUUUUAACCCUCCUGUAGAAGCCUAGAGAGGCCGGGUGUGCAGUUACUUCUUAUUUAGACGGAACAGGCUCGACUCUAGGGCGCACUUACUCGCUCGUUCUGGAGCUUUCACAUGGUCUUCAGCAGCAGAUGGAGUUUGCUCAGUAACCGUUAAUGUUCGCAAUUUUUGAUUUCUCUGAGCACUUCUCUGGUCAAGGUCCACUUACUAGCUUGUUCUGGAGCUUUCGGCUAUGUUACAAGCUUGUAUCGGCGGAUGGAAGAAGUAGAGUAGCAGCCAGGAUGCUAGUAAGUGGAUCUCGAGUUGAGAUAGUUACCUCUUGUUUUCUCAAAAUCCCAUAAAUGUCUGAAAUUUGUGAACCCUUGAUGAAAAACUGACUUUCUCUCGAUGCCCUCUUUGGCACAGAGGGGCACGAGGCAUCGGGCCGUGAUGAACACACAACAUAAGCAGAUACAGGAUCAAAAAAAGUGAAGAAACUCUUUGUUCAACAUCGACCUUCUGUUGUCUGAUUCUGUGAUCCAAAAAUACAUUUACCCAGUCUGACACAGUAAUACAGUAUCAAGCAGCAUGUGGUGUGUGGCGGUAAAUACCUGCCUCUCACCGGCCAUCUGCAGACCUGGAUAAUCCCCGUUAGAAGAUUAGAGGCGGAGACAGGAGAGGAAACACAGCAGCUCACUGUCGACACUUGUGAAGAAAUACCGACGUUUCCUGUCGACGUGCUUUCGGGCUGUAAUCGUUUUUCGGACUCGUGGAUUGCUGGGAGAGUUGUUUGCGUUUGGCGGUGACAAGUCUGAGAUUUUAAUUGUAAAGGAAUGAGGAGAAGAAGAAGUCACGUGGAGCUGCUAAAAGUUUAAUUGUGGCUGACUGAAAGACGUUUGGCGAUUUAGGAGUUUUGAAGCUAUUAUGUGGAUUUUGAAGACAAAUCUGAAGCCUCCUCUACUGUGAGAUAUUUUGAGGCUUUUAUUGUUAAAGGGGGGGGUUUUCUGUGUAAGUUUCUUUUGAACACUGUUCAUGCUUUUAUUGUGAAGGCUACAAAAACGUGGGUCUUUCGUUAUCUUUGUAAAUAAUUUGAGGCUUUUUGUGAAGGAUACAAGUUUGUGUUGUUACUCUGAAGGACGUUUGAGCAGAAGACUCUUAUUGUGAAUCGUGGUGGUUUUAUUGUGAAAAAUUACAUUUUGGGGAUUUAUUUUUAAGCUGUUUAUAUGUUUAUUCGAUAUUUAUUAUGUUGAGUUGAAAAACCGCAAAUUUUACUGUGAAGGAUAGAAACAUUAACGUUUUUUAAAGAACUGGGAAACUUUUCAAACAUUUAUUUUCAGGAACUCUGGGCUUUUACUGUGAAGGAUUUACCAAACAUUGGUCCUUUACAGUUAAGGAUUAAAAAUCUGAGUUUUUCUUUAAGGAAAGACCCUUUUUUGGAAGGACUGAAUGCUGUUUGAACAUUUAUUGUGAAGUUGAGCUGAACUUGGGGGGGAAAAAACAUACAAGGUGCUUUUAUGAUGAAGGGUUGGAAAUUUUCUAGGACUUUUAUUGUGAAAAGAUGGUUAGUGAGGGAAUAGUUUUCGUUGUGUUGAUCGUCUCAGAUCUGUCCUGAGACGGAGCCAGACAUCAAACAGCCAACUGGCCAUCAGGACAGGAUGAUUUCGUAUGUGGAGUGUCUGGGCGGUGAGGGGGCAGGUCUUGGCGGGGCGUCGCACUGCUGGAAUGGGGGUCCUGAUGAAGAGCGAGAUGAGCUUCUUCCACGCAAGAUGGCCGCCCUGCAGCCCAAGAUGGAGGGCAGCCUGCGCCGUCGCCUUCUCAGCGCCAAAAUCCACCAGCACCACAAUGCCAUUUUGGGACUGAACACAGGUGGUGCAGUCAGGACAGGGACGCCCUCAGGUGACAAAAAGCCCCUCCCGCCUCACCUUCAGUAUCCAGGCAACAGCCCCUGGUACCGCCGCCAGCACCUCCCACCACGACCCCACGUCCACCCUUCUCUUGCUCCGGAGGCUCACGGGAAACUUUUUCUCGCUCCAGAAGCUUAUGGGAAACCCAACUUGCAACCCCCGCCCGUUCAGCUGCCGCGGUCCGCCUGCCCUGUCCUCACCCAGCGGUGCAGAACCAGUUCAGGUCCCCCCACCCCGGAGCCCCGCCCCGGCUACACCCUGCCCGUCCCCUCUCCUCUCGGCUCCUCGCAUCCCCUCAGGGAGCCGGAGGUGCCGCCACAGUACUGCUACCGCCCCAGCAGGAGGCGCAAGACCAGCUUCUUCUGCUUCAGACCUCGCAGAGGGAGGAGCUCCGCACCGGAAGCCACACAAACCACGCCCCUUCUACAUAAAGGACGAGAGAGAGAGAGAGAGGUGGGAGGAGACGAGUGGAGCUGCAUUACUGCUGCUGCUCCGUCUGCUGCAGCCGAGCGAGCGAGCGAGCGAGCGAGCGUGUGUGUGUGUGGCGUCGUUAUGGUUCUGAUCGGAGCGGCGAUCAAAUCCGUCCUCAGAUAUCUCAACAAGACGAGAGCAGGGGACGGGGACAGUAAGUGGUCCGUUCACUACACUACCCAGAAGCCCCAGCAGGGUCUGCUCUUCGUCCCUGCGAAAAGACGAUCCGGCAGCGCUGAUGAUCUGCAAGGUCAGAGGUCAACAGAGAAAAGCGCGUGUAACGGGCUGACUCAGCAUGGCUACAGCCGACCCGGCAGCUCUCAGCCCCGCCCACCGACUCCGUCCUCUUCGGGGCUCGACCAAUCAGAGGGCAGAACUACACGCAGACGGUGGAAGGACAAAAGCAGGAAGAUGAGGUCCAGAUUCCUGGACUUUCUCUCUCAGUCUUGCUUUUCAGUUUGUUUCAAGUUUUCAGUUUUCAGGAGGAGAAAGUCCUCAGCUUUCUCAGAUGAGGACGAGAGGCUAAUCUUGAACAACACGCGACCUCUGACCCCACUGGUUCUCAACCCUGUCCACUGCACCUCCUGUUGGGAUGUCUUUGCCCCCGCCUACGAGCCAACAGUCGACGUGGAGAUGGAGCCGACCCCCCGGCUCCCAACACCGGAGGAGAGGAUGAGGCAGCAGGCUGAGGCAGUGGGGGCAGAUAUAGUCCCUAUCAAUAUAUCAGGAGAGAGUUUUGAUCGUCAGGCCAGUUUUCGAAGAGUGGUUUCCAACGCUGACUUGUUAUCCCGGCGCCCCUGUAUCCUGAGCCGCCGCAAGACCGUUACUGGGAUACCUGAUGAUGUCAGCCUGAAGCCUGACUCGCCUUUGGUCUCUUUGGUUCUUCCUGCUCAGUUCUCCACCGUGGGUCGACCUGCCUCCUGCACCUCUGCCCACCAACAGAAUAAUAUAAGGGAGAAGGUGGAAGAGAAGGAGAGGGGAGAAGUCAGAGAGGAGGGGCAGUCAUCAGCCAGGAGGAUCCGAGCCCCAAGGGGAGAGGGGAUUUCCAGCCUCAUGGCCUCCCUUACCUCCUCCCCAACUGUCAACUCCUGUCACGACCACUCCACUUCCUGCUGCUCAUCCUCCUCAGAGGUCCACACCGUCCCCCGUCUGGCAACCAACUCCUCUCUGAACUCCGAGGCCAGAUAUAACAGCGCCUCCUACAGGACACUCAGUGCCUCCUCAUCUUGCUGCCAGUCACAGGAUCGACAGGGUUUCCCCAGCGACCUCCAGCCCAUGCUGCCUUUUAACCCUACUGCUAGAGUUGUCCCCCAGUCUCCUUCCUCCUCAUCCUCUUCUUUUCCUUCCUCCCCGGUCACCUCCCCCCUCCCGGGCUCCCCCAGCCGUGCCCUGCAAUCAGAGUGGUCUUACCCCAGCGAUAAGUCCCUGAAUGAGGCUGCCCAAUAUCAUAGUUCCCCUUCCACCUCCCACUACCUCUCCUCUUCCUCCAUCACAGACUCAGAGUCUCAGUUUAGCUACCAGGCUCUGGGUGACCAGACCACCACCCAGCAGGACACCCAAUGCUCCUACGAUGGUGGCUCCUACAAUGGGGAGACGUGGAGAUACCAGACCCUCUCCCCCAGCUCCAGUGUCCACAGCGGCCAAACUGGUGGUGACUGGAAUGGAAUCACCCAGGAGAUGAGAUGUGUUUCUGGGGAAGGUUGGAGCUGUGAUCCCCUGCUCUCCUCUGGUCGCUCUUCACUUUCUCACACUGACUCUUUGUGUUCAGAGAAAAUGACCUCCUCUCCCUUGCUAAACCAGGAGAAAAGGAAGUACAGCACUUCCUCCUCCUACUCUUGCACUCGCAGCAUCUCCCUCCGCAAGUCCAAGCGUCCGCCUCCUCCACCAUUGCGCUCGGACUCUCUGAGGCGCCGUCCAGGUCGUAGCAAACCCUCCCGCUCCUCCUCCAGUCCCCGUCUGGAGCGGAGCCCCCGCCUGGAGCAUACCACCCAGCAGAAGCCCACCUCAUCUCUGCAGACCUUCGAUGACCCCUGGGUGCCCCGGAGCAACAUCAAAAGACGCCAGAGUGGGCUUAACUGUGGGUCAGUCACAACCUUUGAACCUUUAAGCCCAGACUGCCAGGCGGCAACCUCUGUUGACUAUCCUCCGUCAGAGCAUGUACUGCCAAGUCCCAGACACUCCGCAUGCCAACGUCUUCAUUCCUGGUUCUCCAGGCUCAGAGGAGGAGGGGCUGAGAUUUACUCUCAACCCCCAUCCAGCUGCCUCUUCCGUGGCUGGGCUGCAGCGAUCGCUUCGCCCUCUAGUGGCUACUCCAGCCAGUCUAACACCCCCACUCCUGGCACUCCCGUGUCUUCCCCCCUCACCCCCUCCUCCCCUCUCGCAGCAAGCCCCGGAGCCUUCGCCCUCCCCCCGACCUCCCCCUUCUCCUCUUUACGCUCGUCUUCUUUCCCUCUGUCCCCUGCUGUCUCCUGCCUGUCCAGGACGACGUCUCGGGGCGAAGGGAGGCCAAAGCCACCAGUGCCAGAGAGGAAGUCAUCACUCUUGUCCUCCCUCUCCUCCUCGUUUUCCUCCACCUCCUCCCUCUCCUCCUGCACCUCCUCAGACUCCUCUGCGAAGCAUCCUCUUCUCUGUGCUCCACCACCACCUCCUCCUUCCUCCUCCUCCACCAGAAUGUUCCUCUCCCCUGCCUCCUGUCUUCUACUCCCCAAUUCGCGAGUCUCCUCCUCCCGCUCCUCCCCUUCCUCAGCCCUGCCUGCCUGCUGCUCUUCCUCCUUCACCUUCACCUCUUCCUCCUCCCCUCUCCCACCUCCUCCUCCUCUCCCACCUUCAUCCCUCCCCACUCCUCCUCCUCUUCCUCCAUCCUGUCGGCCUCCUCCUCCCCCAUACUCCUAUGCCAUCAGGCAGACCUCCCAUCAUGCUCUGGUGUCCACCAUGACAUCAUCAACCAAUGUCCCUCCUACCCCAACUUCCCCACUUCCUCCAUCUUCUCCUCUUCCUCCCCCUUCAGAAUUCCCAGAAUUGCCAAUUUCUGACCUUCCUCCUCCACCACCACCACCACCUCCUCUGCCUACUCUCCCCAUAUCCCCUGCCACCCCCCUCCCCCCACCAGGCCUUGGCAUCUCUCAAAACCGCUAUGUUCAAAUGGCCACACCCCCCUGCCUCCUAGUCACUGCCCAAGCUUUGCAGGGCAUCAAGCUUCGCUCUGUUAAGAACCAGGAAGGCCAGCUCACUAGCAUCAUGCUAGCUAAUGCUGCAUCUGCUGAUCCUACACUCCAUAGCCAAACUGACACAUUGUCAGCUAAUGCUAACCAUGCUUAUACUAUCCCUGAUCUACCAAGCAAAGAAGCUCAUCUGUACAGUGCUGUGUUGGCUAAUGCUAAUCUUGAUGGCCAGGCCAACUCUGACGUUAAGCUAGUUGGAAAUGAAUCACAAAAUGCUGUCUAUGAUCUAGGUAGCAAUGAAGCUAACAUAACUAGUACUUUAAUGGGUAAUGCUGGCCUUCAUAGCCUGGCCACCGCUGAUGCAAAGCAACCUGGAUGCAAGUCAGAUCAUGAUUACUACAACCUAACAAAAAGUGAGGUGAGGACACUCAACGAUGAGUCACCUUAUACUAAUCUUCAGAGUUUACGAGGCAUUGUUGCUAGUCCAGCUAACCAGAGAAGCUCUGCGCCUAAGCUGAUCAAUGGCGAAACUCCUCAAGACAUCCAGUACAAUGAACUAGAGAAGGAAGAUACACACAUGUAUGCUACCCUGGCAAACAAUCAAGGCUCCAGUCCUGAUAGUCCCUGGGUCAAAAUGUCUUUUGAUACUGACAAAAACCAUGUCAACACAAUUAUCCAACAUCCUUUUUUGCAGGUCACAGAUCCAAUGUUAGCAGAUGCUAAGCUAACUGAGCCUGCAGAGAAACAGGGAAACACUGAGGAUGUUGGGCACACAGAUUCUUCAUACUGGACCCUCUCUGGAACAAAACAAGAGACUCACAGAGAAAGCAAAGAUGAAGUAGAGACAAAUGACAAGAAUCAUUCAGAAAUGUGGAAUCACAGUGCAGCUGAUGGACAUUCCACAGCAUAUAGUGAUUUAAAACAGAGUAAUAGCGUCUGUAAGCCAGGUAGCCCGAGGAAGCUGCGCUCCCCAGAGAAGCCAAUCCUGCCAAAGAAGCCAGAUCUUUGCAGUUUGGGUCUCAUGGCAUCCUCUGCGGCCAGACUAGGACCAGUUGGCUGGAAGAGCAGUGGACAAAUCACAGCGCCUUCCCCUGGGCUCAACAGCCAAUCACAGCUUCCCGCUAAUUCCUUCUGCACACCUUUGCAUGCACAUCUAACCCACAGUACCCCUUCACCAAAGCACUUGACGUGCACCACUGUUGACAAAACGACAAUUCCUGACAAGUCAGUGACACACACAACUUUACCGACACACUCAAUGAAUGCUGCUUCUUUGCCUGUAAACACAACACCUGCUGACAUCACCACACACUCACCUGCUAGCUCCCCUCAGAGGCAGAAGCCACCGAUUUUGCACAAGAAGCCAGAUGUCUCAUUGACCUCACCCAAAACAACCAAACCAUUCUUUGCAUCUAAAAAUACAGGAGAGGCAUCCAAAGGCACCACACGGACCAUGGGCACCUUAGGGACCAUGGGCACCUCUGGGAUCCUGGAUACCACAAGGGCUAAAAACACUUUAAUGGGGACCAUGGUUACCUUGGAGAACUCUGGUACCUCAGGAACUUGGAACACCAUGGAUACCAGUAACACCUUAGGGUCCAUGGGCAUCUAUGGGAACUGCCCCUCAGGAAUCAUGGGUAUCACAGAGACCCUGAGUAUCAAAGGGGCUCCUACUAUCGAUGGAACCAUGAGUACUUUGGAGAACUGCGGUACCUCAGGAACAUGGGGAACAGCGGAGGCCUAUAACACCUUAGGGAACUCAGGGGUCCAUGGAGCUACUUUCACUCAGACAGGGGGCACCCAAACUGGAGCAACAGACCCCUGUUGUGCUGGGAUCAUAAGGACAAGACUUCAUAAGGAUGAUGAGAAAAAAUUUCAUAAGAGGAUGAUGAGGUCAUCGCCGGCUGAAGACGAAGAGGAAGAUGAGAAAGAGAGGGUGAAAGAGAGAGGGAUGAAGACAACAACAAUGAUGAUGUCAUCCACCACAAGGAAAAAGGACAAAGCAAGGAAGAGGAGGAAGAGAAGGGCAGGUAGGCAACUGCAGAUUAUGUCAUCAACAAUGGAUCCCUCCCCCUCUUCGUCAUCAUCAUCUUCGUCAUCAUCUUCAUCCUCAUCUGGAGAUGAACGAGAUGUUGUGAAAGAGAGAACGAUGCAAACGAGUGAGAGGGUGAGGAUGACAAAAGUAUGUGAUCAAGACUCUAGUGACUCUGAAAGCUCCUGCACUCUGAUUGGUCAGAGCAAGUACUCCCUCAGUAGUGCGCUGUCCACUGAAAGCCUGCGGGGGGAGUUGUCGCUUCCAGACCUCCUGAUACAGGAACCAGAGGAAGAAGAAGAAGAGGACGAGAGGAGCAAUGAGGGUGCAGACAAGGGAAGGGAGGAGGUGAAGGAAGCCGGAGGACCUCCAGAUGCUGAUCUGUUCGUCAGUGUUUCGGCAGAUCAGAUGUUUGUCUCCGGUCGACCACGAACCACAGAGGAUCUAUUCGCUGUCAUCCACAGAUCAAAGAGGAAGAUGCUAGGAAGAAGGGACUCAGAAGAUGACAGACACCGUAUCUCGUCUUCGUCUUCCUCAUCCUCCCCUUCAGUCACCCCCACCGACCCCUCGCCCGGUCCGAUGCGACCUGGAGCCUUCAGAAGUCAAAGAUCCAUGAGAAGUGAAAGCUUUAAGGCUCUCUUGCUGAGGAAGGGUAGUCGGUCUGAUUCGUCUUCUCGAAUCUCGGCUGUCGAGCGGCUUCGCAUAGUUGCUUUUCCUACAACCACUACCGACCUCCAAAGUGUGCCAUCACUGCCACCGCCACCAGACCAACCCCAAGUCAAACCCACAAGUUUGUCCCAUACCUCGGAUACAUGUGAUAUUAAUGUCCACCUGACUCUGGACGUACCAGUGUCUCCCACAUCUCCCUGCAGUCAGAACUUCUCCAUGAUGUUCGGAUGGAGGCGAAAGGAUCUGAUGCCUAAUCACCCCCUCCUCACCUCCUCCUCCUCUCCCUUCUUCUUCCUCUCCUCCUCCACCAUGCGGCCUCGCUCCCUCACUCCUCCCUGCUCUUCCAGCCGACGCUUUGCCGCUCGCUGCCGCUUUUACGCCGCCCCCAUGACCGCCAUCUUUGAAGGAGAAAGUGAGGAGGAAGAAGAGGAAGACGACGAGGUUUUCAUUGAAUCUCCAGGAAUUGAAGGAGAAUCGAGUCAGAGAUUGGUCAAGAUUUCUUGAUGGACAGGCCAAUUUAUAGACGCAGCUGCAAUUUGGAUUCGGCAGGAAGUAGAUGGAAAGUAGCUCUGUGAUGCUUUGCCCCUUCCUCAAAUCCACUUUUUAGACAUCACAGAAAAUCUUACCUGAAUGUGACGAUGUCUGGGUCUUCUACAGAUCCUUAACAGGUUUAAAACUGUUCACGGACAUGUCGCUCUGCCUCAGCAAAGUAAACUAAGCUGAACUGGAUUGGACUGACUUGGUACGGGAAUGUACUGAAGCACACUUAGCUAACUCUCCGUUAAAGGACAUGUCUCUAGUAGCAACACUGAUUGCGUCAGAAGCCUGGAAACGACAUGAAUUAUUCCUCAUGUUUUUACUCACGAUUGCGGAAUCACAAUCUCAAGAAAACAAACUUGUUGUGAUGACACAAUCAUUUUUUUGUGCUCUGGAAAAGUUACCCCAACACCUCCAGUUAAUGUACUUACAUUUAAACUAUGUUAAUUAUGUUGUAUUUUUGUCUUUUGCUUGAUUUAGCUUUUUCUUUUUCUUUUUUACUACUUGCAAGGACACUGAACAUACAUUAAUACGAUUAUAUUUUGUUGUUGUUACACUGUCUCGCACUAGUAAGAGACCUCUAAAUUCACAAUCAUCUGUGUCCGUCUUCUCUCUGGCUUACUGUAGCGAACACAACUUCUGACCAAAGAGGACAUGGAAUUAUUUAAGUUUUGACAAGAAACUGAUUUGAAAUCUUUAGAUGAAAAGGUUGUUUUCUUGAGAUCAAAGAGUAAAUGUUAGAAUAAUUAUAAUAUAGUACGAUGAUAAUAAUAAUAAUGUUUAAGCAGUCAUAUUUUAAAGCUUUCCCCAAAGUUUUCCAUAACUUCAUACCACAUUGUAAUUACGAUUAUUAAAAGAAAAGAAAGAAAUCCAAACAAUUCUACUGAUAUCAAAUCGAUGAUCGGUAUUGAAUUGGCUGGUUCUCAUGAUAGACUGUCCAAAAAUGAUUUGGCUGGGGAGAGGGGCUGAACCCCACCGAUAUUUUAAAAUAAUAUAACAGUAUGAAGUUGGUAAAACUUAUUUAACAAUAAAUAACUAGAAGAGGAAAAGCACAAAUAAUGAAAGAGGGAUGUACCCUGAAUUAAACAUUUAAUAUUUGAACAUUUAAUGGGAAUGCCAUAUAAAUAAAAUAUUAUUAGAAUUUUCACAAUGUGUGCAGUACACACCACACACACACACUAGAAGUGAAAUUAGAAAUUGCCAAAUUUAUGGAAAAGAAAUGAUGCAUCACAAAUAUUCCAGCCACUCUUAGUUACUCUUGUUUUGCGCGGAAGGACUUUUGAUUUUUCUUGUAAAUAUAUAGACAAAGCUGUAAGUGUCUUAGUUGCAUUUGGUUAUCUGCGGGAGAACAGACAGUUAAAUUUGUUGAAAUCGCCAAAGGACUGAAAACGCACCUUGAACUGAUCAUUUUAGUAACUUUCUAAACAGCCACAUCAUGGCACAUAUGAAAACCAUCUUUUUGAUAUAACUAUUGUGAGGUGAUAUUGAAUUAAAUUAAGUCCCUUACCUUUAAUCAGUUACAGAUCACCUGACUCUGGCAUCAUAUUGUGAUUGAAACCUCCCCAGUUUCCAAAUGCCUCAACAAAGUGAAACUAACUUAAUGUAUUUUAUUAUUAUUAUUAUUAUUAUUAUUUCAAACAUGUUUUAAGUCAUGCUGAGCUGUUUGCUUCCUCUCCAGGGCAAGGUAGUACUGGAAAUAUUUUAACAGCAGCUCCUGUUAAAAUAAUUUUAAAGUCCCAUUUUGUCUGUUAUUACCACAUACACGGACUGACACUAUAAUAAUAAGGGAUGUAGUUUGUCUUAUACUGUAAAUAAUCCUGUUUCAUCUUUAUCUCUCAUCCUGUUAUCUUGUUUAUGUUGCUGCUGCUGGAUCUUCACUUCUUUUCUGUAGCCUCAGUUUCAAGCCUUUAUUUUUUAAACAAAGUAGCAGAUAGUAAGAGGACAUAGCAGUCAGAAAGAUGGAGACUUUGAAUUUAGGAACAUAAUUAUCUUUUCUGUGUGAAUGUAAGAGGUUCAGAUUUACUCUAUUAACCAUAAAAUUAAUACAAUUUAACUGGAAAACUGCAAAUAUGGAGAAAGAGCGAAAUAGGAGAAAACUGACUGAAGAGUUAUUUGUAUGUGUGGAGAAAAAUGAGGAAGAUGGAAGUCAAGAAGCAGGAAAAACUGGAAACAUUUAAAUGUAAAUAGAGGAAACUGUAUGCAUAUGAGCAGAUGGAAAAAUGGAAGCAAUAAAGGACAAACAAAAUUUCUGAAACUAUGAUAUAUUAA